AGCGAAAUGACGCCCGCUUGCGAACCGACAGUACCUUCCAUUAUACUGCGCAAUACACACGUAUCGGAAUACACAAACCUCCUUAUCAACUGAAAUGAUGACUAACCACCCUUCUGACGAUAAAAAGUGAUUGAAAAAACGUAAACUCGUAAAGGAAACUGUAUUUUUUCAAUUAGAAAUGCCAUAGGCAAUUUGUACUUGUGUUUAUGAAUGUGAUAAUUGUGAAAUUGAAUCCUGAAACAUGAAAGAGGACUCAGAUCGAACAGCUUUGGCUGAGGAAAUCGCGCAAUUUAGAAGUGAUCCAGUAAAAUUCCGCCAAGCGACUGAAUUUGUUGACCAACUCAUUCUUGAGGCUAAGAAAGAGGCGGAGCUAAAACAUAAACAGAAAGAAAGAAAUAAAUUCGGAUCUCAGGAAUCUGAAUCAAGUAAUAUCAAACGUCGCUUCGGUCGAGCGCGAGGCUUCGUUCUGCGAAUGUUCGACGCGCUCUGCAACUGCACGCAGACCGCGGCUGCCGCUGCCCGCGCGCACGCACGGAACAACCCUUUUACUAAACGUUAGAAACUAAAACAUGUUAACAAGGGCAGAAGUUAGUGGGAGAAUAUGAACAAUAAUAUAUCUGCCGCAAUAUUGAAAACACAAUUUGAGACUAGAUACAAAAACUAAGAAGUUAUUUAAAUAGUUACGUGGAACGGUGCUCCUCACUAUCUCGUAACGUAGAUAUUUAGUUUAUAACGUUUAAUUACUAGGGUGACUAAUGUAAUGGUCAGUAUUAAUGCCAGAGAAGCCAUUUAUUUAACUUUUACUGCGCAGUCGUUAUGUUGCUCAUGCGAAAAAGCUUCUGGGAAUAUCGUAAAAUGUAUUUACGAUACAUUGUGAUGGCGAAAGUUUUACGAUCUGAUAUGUCUUGUUAUUAAUGAAUAUAAAAAUAUCAAGGUGUAUCAAAUCCUUAGGAAAAAACCAUACAAAGUAUUAUAUUAUGACUAUGAAGGGGUAAAUAAUUGUAAUGGAAUUGAAAUAAUAAGUAUUUAAUUUAAAGAAUAGUUGUAUCUAAAUGUUUAUAUCUUUGAACAUGGAAUGUCUUCCUUGUGGCUAAUGGUAAUGUAUUGGGGCAUUGACCGUUCCUUUACGAAAAAAAUUUUAAAUGUCAAGAGUUGAAAAAAAAGUCUAACCGUGAUCGUUUUUUAUACUGUAAUAAAACGUAAAAAUAUAUUCUAAUAGCGACUGAAAGAAAAUAAUGCAAACUUCAAUUUAAUAAAAAAACCGUUAUUUUACAAUAAAUAAUUCAGGUUGUCAACCUAGCCUGCACAUAAAUAGGACAACUAGGUAAUUGUGCAGUCAAACUAUGUCGAUGAUAUUUAUUUCCAUGCCAGCCUAUGCAUGCAUGACAAUAAAUAUUCAUCACUUUAAAAUGUUCAUGUUACUUUAGUAUUUAAGUAUAAUAAUCAUUGAAUUAUUGUACCUACAUCUAUUAUAAUAUCUGCAAUGCCACGCAAAACAUAACCAUUAGCAUUUUCCUCAUAAGACGUUGUAUCUUCUAUAACCCAUCCUAUUGUGAUCAAUGUGAAAAUGCUUAGAUGUAUACUUUUAUAUGUGUGUAGAAAAUCUACUAUUAUAUCAUAUUUUAUCUUUGGAAUUUCAUAUCAGUGUACUACCCUAUCCUAGAAAUAUUUCUUGGUGUCUUUUACAUUAUACAGUGACCAAUUAUUAAAAUAAUAUGUACUGAUUUAAGUUAAUGCUAAUUUUGUAUUGCAUUUACACUCAACAAACCUACAUAUUUCUUAAAUUAAAAUCUUAUACUUAGCUGGAUUAAUUUGACAAAUGUUUCAAUAAAUUGUAGUUUAGUUAGGUAUCGCUCACAUUGAAGCAUACAUAUACACAUUACACAGCGCACAACACUAACGGCCGUUCUCAAUAUACAGUCUAUCUCCGGUAGUGGCCUACUUGAGAAAAAAAUCGUUACUAUCGUUGACUUUUCUGUCCCAAUAAAAUUAUCGACAGUAAAUAUACCUACCUUAUCCGUACACGUUGUCUGUCAAUGGGAAGACGUAUAGCUUAACAGCGAUAGAAGUUUGUAUGGAAAUUGCAAUUCACGCGUCCCAGUAUAAGGCGAUAAGAAUGACUUAUCUAAUUAAGGAUAUAUUGGGACAGGUUCAGAUUAUUGACAGCUAAUUACUGACAGUACAAGGUAGUAAUUUGUCUCUAUCUGUAGAUAGUAUAUUGGGAACGGCCUUAAGAAAUCGAAAUCCAAAAUCUGCUACCAAAUUGUUAAAAAAAUAGUUUACCGUGUCAAUGUCAUACAACUGAAAGCUGUUUGAUGAAAAUUUUGACAGUUCACAGGAGCGUAAAGUAGCGCGCUCUCUGUCUUUUGAUACCUAGCUAAAAUACGUUGUUACUUGAUAUACUUUUGGAAUCUAGGUAGCUGUUAGCACUGUAAUCGUUAGGGAUCGAAAUUUUUGUAUGAAAAAUUUGAAGCAAUGACCGCUCUGUGUACAAAUCUCUUUGAACUAAUGAAAUAUUUUGUAAGGUACCUAUGAAUAAACCCAAUUUAAUUUUAUACGAUAAUUCUAAAGGAAUAUAUUGUAUGACUAUAUAGUAACCUAAAUUAUAUUUUGACAUGGUUAAUACAUAGGUAUUAUAGUAGGUACCUACCUAUUUAUGUUAAAUAAAUAAUAACGUUGGCACAAAAACGCACGAAUAUUUUGAAGGUUAUGUGAUAUUAACUUUUUAUAAUUAAGAACUUUUUUGUAAAUGGAUAUACUUAUUUACUUUUCACACUGUACCUAUGUCGUAUUUAUGUGUAAGUAGGUCGCUUUUCUAUUUCCCAAACUAAAUAUAUAAAAAUAUUAUAGUUUAUAAUGUAAUAAUCACGGACGAGUAAAAAAAGAAGGACUCCGCGACGUGAUAUUAGCAAGUGAAGCACCGUUAAGCUAGUGUGUGUGCGGUUACGGUGAUACUAGUUACACAGCUUUUCUCCCUUAAAUAAUCAUAAAUGGCAGCAAAUACUUAUAAAGUAUCGUUUUUACACUUUUUCACAACGCACAACGGCAUUUUUAAAAUAUUUUAUUGAGACGCAAACUAAUCUGUCACAGACGAUGACAAUUCUCAUAAUGGCCGCCUAUCGGCCUGUAGUAGUGUAGGUGUGUGCGUGGGGCUAUGUAUUUACACGUUUAUCGGCUUGUUAUGGUGCUACGCUGUUAUGUAAGGUCACACGGAGUCCUUAUUUUUUUACUAGUCCGUGGUAAUAUUAUGAUUUAAUCUAAUGAUUGCUUUGCUGUUAGCUUUGCAAACAAAAUUACUAAGGUUGUGUAUGGAAAUUCUCCAGUUUUUUUCCGAUACUUAAUAGUAUCGGUUAAACAGGUUGUACAGAAACAUGGGGGAUAAUAAAUAUUAAGCUGGAAUGGAAUUUUAAUAUAACAUGAAAAAUACAAUAUUGAAUUACAUUUUGCAUUUUACAUUGUCAGUAAAAUGCAACUCUAAAAAAAAUUUUUUUACUUUUUUUUAUCCGAAAAUUGUUAGGCCGAAACACGAUUAAAAUUAAAUUUCUCGAUGGAAAAUAGCACCAAAAUAGACCUCUACGCGAAUCUUUUGAAUGUUUUCCGACGAUAUUUGAAGUCAAAAUUAAGUUCAAGUAGUAAACUGAUUCUGUUUUAUUACAAUUUUACAAGAAAGUACUUAUUUUCACAAUUAUUAAAAAUAUGUAGAGCUUCUUCUUUUGCACUCGGUUUCUGUUUUACCACAAGGUUGAAAAUAUUUACCACUAGGUUAAGCCACAAUAUAGUUAUGCCAUUAACCAGCCAGUUUGUUUUUGUAUACCCCGGUUAGUGGUAACUAGGUACACUGGCUUUUAGCCUGUAUUGCACUAACCAGUUCUUCGAAAUAUCGGCCAUUCCAUUACAAAUUUACCACUAUUUAAACCAGGUUCCAUAAAUGACAAUAUAAUCGUUUAACCAUUCACUGGAGUGUAAUGGAAUAAUUAACAUCUUUAAUAUAACUGGUUAAUUGCGAACAGUUAUUCUAAUAAAAAAAAUGCCGGGUCCUUAAAUAUUUAUUUAAAAAAUCGGUUGUGACCUUAAUUUUUCAUGAUUAAGAAAAGUUUGUUUUGAAUUUCUUGUUACCUCGUCCUUUAAAGCUAUGAUUUGCAAGCAUUUAGAACGUUGGUGUACUAGAAGGUAGGUACGUACAUAUAAGAUACUGGUUAUGUUAAGAUGUAGGUGUUAUCCUGAAUGUUAAAUGUGAUAUCCUGCCUGUAACUACUUCCGAUGUGAUCUGACUCUGUGAAUUCUUCUAUCUAUUAAACACAUUUGUAAACAAA